AUGGGUGGUGGAGGUGCUGCUGCUGCUGAUGCUAUUAUAUCUAUUCGUCAGUUCCUUCUUCAGUUCCUGCUUUUGGGUUUUCUAUACCUUGCUGAAAGCCUUCAUGUUGUUGGAGGUCUUAGUACUGAGAUCACUGUAAGCUGCAUAGAGGGAGAGAGACUAGCACUGCUCGACUUCAAAGCUUGUCUAAACGACACGUCUGGGCGACUCUCUUCUUGGAUCGGUGAUGAUUGCUGCACAUGGACAGGUGUGAGCUGCAACAAUAUGACCGGCCAUGUCAACAAACUCGACCUACGUAAUCCGCUUGUAUUCCAAAAAUAUUACGGUUCUGAUGGAUUUCUAUAUUCAGAAAUUGAUUGGGAUGCUACACGAUUGACUUCUUUGGGUGGGAAGAUAAGUCCUUCAUUGCUCAAAUUGAAACACUUGAAUUACUUGGACCUCAGCAUCAACAAUUUUCAAGGAAUCCAUAUUCCAAAAUUCAUGGGUUCACUUGAGAGCUUGAGGUAUCUCAAUCUCUCUUAUGCAGUAUUCAGUGGAACAAUUCCUCCUCACCUUGGAAACUUGUCAAGAUUGCAAUAUCUUGACCUCCAAAAUACGGAUCCCUAUUUUGCUGAAUAUGAACCAAUGACCAUCAACAAUCUUCAGUGGGUAUCUGGUCUAUCUUCUUUGAGGUACCUAAACAUGAAUUAUGUGAGAUUUACAGGUAAGGCUUCAAGGGAUUGGAUACAAGCUGUUACUAUGCUUCCUCCUUCUCUGUCAGAACUACACUUGUCGAGCUGUGAACUUUCCAAGAUUCCUUUCUCUCUUCCAUAUGCAAAUUUCACUACUUCUCUUUUAGUCCUUCAACUUUCCUGGAACAACUUCAACUCCUCAAUUCCUCCUUGGCUUUUUAAUAAUAUUACUAGUCUUAUUGUUCUUGAUCUUGGGGGGAAUAAUUUCAAGGGUCCUAUUCCAGAUACUUUUGCCAACACUAGUUCUCUUCAGAACCUUGACAUAUCAAGUAACGAUAUUGGAGGCAGGAUACCAACAACUUUGGGAAAUCUUUGCAAUUUAAAGAGUUUAGAUCUAUCAGGAUGCGGUGGUAUUAAUGGAGAAUUAACAGAAUAUAUGAACAGUUUGUCUAUGUGCAAUUCUAAUAAUAGCUUGGAGAGACUAGAUUUAUCGUAUACUCAACUUUCAGGUCGGAUUCCAUCAUCUAUUGGAGACUUGUCGUCCUUGAUAGAAUUGGACCUCUCAUCAACUCAACUUUCAGGUCCGAUACCAACAUCUAUCGGAAACUUGUUGUACUUGACAAAAUUGGACCUCUCAUCAACGCAACUUUCAGGUCGGAUUCCAUCAUCUAUUGGAGACUUGUCGUCCUUGAUAGAAUUGCAGCUCUUUUCAACGCAACUUUCGGGUCCGAUACCAUCAUCUAUCGGAAACUUGUCCUCCUUGACAAAAUUGGACCUCUCAUCAACUCAACUUUCAGGUUCAAUUCCAGCAUCUAUCGGUAACUUGUCGUCCUUGAUAGGAUUGUACCUCUUUUCAACUCAACUUUCAGGUUCAAUUCCAGCAUCUAUCGGUAACUUGUCGUCCUUGAUAGGAUUGUACCUCUUUUCAACUCAACUUUCAGGUUCAAUUCCAGCAUCUAUCGGUAACUUGUCAUCCUUGAGAACAUUAUACCUCUCUGAAACUCAAAUCACAGGUCCUAUUCCGAUAUCCAUUGGAAGAUUGUCAUCUUUAAGAGAUUUGGACCUAUCCAGCAAUCAAAUAAUGGAUGCAACCAUUCCUGAAUCUAUUGGAGAACUUUCAGAGUUGGUUGGUUUGAACAUAUCUAACAGUUCUUGGAGGGGCGUUAUUUCAGAAUGUCACUUUAAAAAUGUCAAAAGUUUAAAAACGUUAGACAUCCAAUUAGAAGCUACAAAUAAGCCCUUGAUUUUUGAAGUGCGUAGGGACUGGAUUCCAACUUUUAGUCUGGAGAGUAUCUAUAUGUCUAACGUCCAAAUGGGCCCCAAUUUUCCUUCAUGGCUCGCAACUCAAAAGAACCUUGGUACUAUAAUUCUCAGAAAUGUAGGAAUUUCAGACACCAUACCAAAUAGCUUUUGGAAAUUAUGUGCUCGACAGCGGAUAGUUACUUUGGAUCUCACUCGAAAUUAUAUCAGAGGGAGGGUACCAAAUUCUUUGGAAUUUUUCGGUGCAGGUUCAGUAGAUUUGAGUUUCAAUCAAAUAGAGGGUUCUGUCCCCCUUUGGUCUAAUGUCUCUUAUCUCAUUCUUGGGACAAAUUUAUUGACGGGACAUAUUCCUCAGAACAUUGGUGAGGUUUUAGGUUUUGGAGUAUAUCAAUUAGAUUUUUCCGGGAACUUUCUAAAUGGGAGCAUUCCUUCUUCUAUAUGUGAACUAACGAGUUUGAGCAUUCUGACUCUUUCAAACAAUAGUUUAUGGGGAGAAGUCCCUGAUUGUUGGAAGAACAUGAAGGACUUGUAUGUUUUAGAUUUACAAAACAACAAUCUGUCAGGAAAGAUUCCUCCAUCAAUAGGUUCUUUAUCUUUCCUGACUUAUCUAUCACUUAGUAGCAAUAACUUUCAUGGCAAGCUUCCUUCAUCAUUAGAAAAAUGCUCAAAUUUAGAGAUUCUCGACCUUGGCAGAAAUGGAUUCUCUGGAAAUAUACCAACAUGGAUAGGAAGAAGUCUGUCAUCUUUGCGAAUUAUCCGCCUUCGUUCCAACUUUUUUACUGGAAAAAUUCCUUCACAUUUAUGUAAGCUUUCAAUGCUUCAUUUCUUGGACCUCGCACACAAUAAUCUAUCAGGAUUUAUUCCACAAUUUUUGGGCAAUUUGAGUGCUCUAGAAGGAAACGACACAGAAAGCAUAGCCACUGGUUAUCCAGAACACAUGACGGUAGUUACAAAAGGAUGAGAACUUGAAUACAGCACAACUCUUGACUUGGUGAAGAGCAUUGAUCUUUCGUGCAAUAAUCUAUCCGGUAAAAUUCCAGAUGGAAUAACAACACUGGUGGGAUUGGGUACCUUGAACUUAUCAAUGAAUCAUUUGAAAGGAAAGAUUCCAGAGAAGAUUGGGGAUUUGAAAAAUCUUGAAACCCUUGACCUCUCCAUAAACCAACUUUCUGGUGAGAUACCUCCGAGCAUAUCUUCUUUAACUUUCUUGAGCCACUUGAACCUCUCACAUAACAAUUUAUCUGGGAAAAUUCCAUCAAGCAACCAGCUCCAGACUAUUAGCGAUGCAUCCAUGUAUGCUGGGAAUUCAGGACUUUGUGGAUGGCCCCUAGCUAUUAAUUGCCCAGGCACUAACAUAUCUCCACCUCCAACAUAUGCCAAAGUGGAUGGAGAAAAUGAACUAAACAUGGAUGGAGAUGAUGGGAUGGAUAUGCUCUGGUUUUACAUUGGCAUCGUUAUGGGCUUCAUUGUGGGAUUUUGGAGUGUUUGGAUCACUUUAUUUUUCAAGAAAUCUUGGAGGAUUGCUUACUUUCGGUUUUUCUCCUUAUAUUGAAUGUGGGGGUGUUUGCGGAGGAAGUUGGAGCUGCAAGCGAACAAAACUUCAAGGACUUAAAGCAAUUGAUCUGUGUCAUCUCCGUUGUUUGUCUUACCAUGAAAUAAUAAAAGGUACGUAUCAUCCUUUUAAUGUAUAUGUAUUUCCUAUUAAUUUGAUACAUAAGGGAGUUUUCUUUCUUGCAUUCUGUUCUUUUCUUUUGCUUUAUCAUAGGAAUGUGUCUAGGGAUUGGCAUUGGCAUAUAUUCAUAAAGAAUGGAAUCUC